UUAAGAUGCGCAAACGUCAGACAACCGGUCACUUGAAUGGGUCGUUGCGGUUGCGGUAACAUGGUUAGUUGCCACAAUGGUCGCGCUGAGUGUGGUCGUGCUGUCGUGCCUAGCCCUCGCGGUCGCCACCGACGUCGACCAGUGUCCAGGUGGUCGAACAAUUGAAAACCUCAGGAGCGAUGUUGUUCUGAUGCCUUGCAAAAAGCUGCCAUGCAAGCUCAAGAAGAACACGAGGCAACACAUCACUAUCAAAUUCAAACCCGAUAAGGAAAUUAAGGAGCUGAAGAACCACGUGCAGGCGGAGGUGUUCGGAGUGCCGCUGCCUUUCGUCGGCGUGGACGGGCAGUCCUUGUGCGGCAAGAUUGAAAAUGAGGCCGGGGAGAAGGUCUCCUGCCCGCUGUCUGCCGGCAAUACCUACAUCUACAAGGACUCCUUCCCCAUCGAAUCCUUUUACCCAGAGAUAGCAGUAAGGGUGCACUGGGCUCUGCGAUCGCACGGGAAAGAUGUCACGUGUUUUGAAGUACCCGCUAAAAUAAGCAGCUAAUGUAGUGGAGAAGUUAUAGCGAACAGGCACAAUAGAAUUUUGUAACUUAAAAUGUCGCGUAUGAUCAGAGGUUUAUGGUUUAAUUUAAAUAAGUAUUUUAAAUUGUUAAAUAACAAAUUGUUUUAAAUUCCGUCGAGCUGAUCCGCUGAUAUGCCAUGAAGUAGGUAAGUAAAACAGCAUAGAAAGCUCAAUAUCUCGAUUCUAUCCAUGUCCAUGCUUUGGCAUGCAAAUGGAUUGCAAUAAUUAUUUUAAUAAGUGGAAGACAAGUGUUUAAUAAAACCGCUAGUACUUA